GCAAUCUUUCGCAUCUCACCCCAGUUUUUAGUCGAUUCAGCCUUCUAACCAAUACGGUCAACGCUGCCACUACAAAAAUAUCACGUAGAUAAUCAGCAAACAACAACCAUGUUUUAAACAACACUCCAUUCUCGUCUUCUUCCCUCAGCAGCAUUGAAACUGCAGCCUUUUGAGGAAAACACACUAAGAGGACCUUGCAUUAAGACCGUACCUGACUUCCUUUCUUCCUUCAGAUGUACAUGCAUCGUCAAAUUAGUGCGAUCUGCAAUCCUAUUAACUAACCUACGCACCUACGCCAUUUCGCCAUUUCCAAACCGCCUACACACCUUAUCGACCAGAUUCCUCGUGCGCCGAUUCCCCUUUAACUCCUCUCCCUCAUCGAUACCCAUCGACACCGACUAAUCGCAUCCCUUAAUUCUACCCGUAUAAGGCGCUUACAUCAAUCACAAAUAUUGAUUUACUGCUCAGGUCCAUCCUGAGCACCCCCCAAUCUUCACAAUGGCAGCAAGGAAACUGCAACAAGAAAUAGAUAAAUGCUUCAAGAAGGUAGCUGAGGGUGUCGCCGAGUUCGAUGGUAUUUAUGAGAAGAUUGAGCAGUCGAAUAACCCCGCCCAGAAAGAGAAGUUAGAAGAUAAUCUGAAGCGCGAGAUCAAGAAGUUACAACGGUUACGCGACCAGAUCAAGACAUGGGCAGCCAGCAAUGAUAUCAAGGACAAGGCUCCCUUGCUGGAGCAUCGGAAGCUGAUAGAGACGCAAAUGGAACGGUUCAAGGCCGUAGAGAAGGCCAUGAAGACUAAGGCGUACUCGAAAGAGGGUCUGUCAGCAGCUGCCAAGUUAGAUCCGAAAGAAAAAGCGAAGCAUCAAGCCGGCGAAUUCCUUAGUAGUAUAGUCGACGAGCUAGAGCAGCAGAUUGAGAUACUCGAGGCCGAGGGCGAGUCGAUACAAGCAACGAUGAAGAAGGGCAAGAACCAAGCCUCCAAAGCCGAUCGCAUGGCUACCAUCGAGCGCAUAAUCGAACGACAUAAAUGGCAUCAGGGUAAACUCGAGCUUAUUCGGCGGUCACUUGACAAUGGCGGCGUCGAGACGGAGCAGGUCAAUGAUCUUGAAGAGAGCAUUAAGUACUACCUCUCGGACGGUAUGAACGACGAUUAUAUCGAAGAUGAGGGACUCUAUGAUGAACUCAACCUACAAGAAGAGGAAGAUGUUUAUGGUAUGGGCCAGGAGAACGACCGAGUCUCGUCGCAAGAUACACAAUCUAUACAGGAGGACAUCGCGGAGCCGGAAUCACGAUCUGGUAGUCUGGCAGGAGGAAAGGCACGAAGUGUUGUCGAUGCCGCAGCAGCCGCUGGACGGCGACCCUCGACUCAGCUUAAGUCCCCUCUUCCGACUCUGGCAACAUUGCAUAACCCGCUGGUAAAUGUCACUAAUGGUAGUACUGCUAAUGCUGGCAUGAAGCCAGCGUCGUUACCGACACGGCCAGCUGGAGAGGGAUUAAAGUAUGCUUCUGCUGCCGCCGCCGCCGCUGCGAGCGAUAAGAAUAACGUCGGUAUUGCGCCGCUUCCUCCGCCACCUGGUUCACAACCAAUUUCUUAUUCUCCGGGCAUUUCGCCCUUACCACCUGCCGCGUUGGCGAGAACGAGCGCGGCCAAUUCGCCAAACACGGCGUUCUUACAACCUGCCCAAUCGGAACAAAGGUCCGGGAACUUAUCUGUCCCAACGACAGUCCCUGAACCUAAGGCACCUGAACCAGCUAUCUCAGCUCCCACGCCGAAGAAGUCUGAGAAAGCAUCUUCUAAGGCUGCAGGCAAGGUUCCCGCUUCCGCGGACCACGCCGAGUCUUCAAAAGCAUCCCAAACGAAUGGUGUUGCUAAUGGCGUGAAGCCUGCGGAGGAGAAAGAGGAGGAGUCGAUAUACCACCUCCCCGCUUCUUUGAAGGAUCUAGUAGAAUCCUUUGAGAUUACUAAGAAACGAUCCCUGCCAGUUAACAGCCCGUCCCAUCUACGCAUGAUGGCGGCUUCGCAAGCAGGCGUGAACAUGCACGACACGUUCGACUCAGAGCCUCCCCGGACGUAUAGGCCAGAUUCUCGUUACCCCUCCACAUCAGGCUACCCGCAAGAAACGUUACCCGUUUUCGAAGACCCUAGACUGUACUCUCGGAUAGAACCCGAUACACUGUUUUACGUCUUCUACUACAAGCAAGGAACUUAUCAACAGUAUCUGGCGGCCAAAGCCCUCAAAGAUCAAAGUUGGCGGUUCCACAAGCAAUAUCAGACCUGGUUUCAACGACACGAGGAACCGAAGAGCAUCACAGAAGAGUUUGAGCAGGGAACCUACCGUUUCUUCGACUACGAAUCAACUUGGAUGAACCGAAGGAAAGCGGACUUCAAGUUCGCCUAUCGGUUCUUGGAGGAUGACGUAUAAAGCUUCGGCUUCUUACGAUCGAACUCUCACAGGCAUUACUGAGUCGAUAACGGGGUUCACCUGCCUCCAAGGGCUCAAUGUAUGCAAUACAAUCGCGUUGCCAACCGGGGAGGGCCGUUUAUGCUAACGGCUUCUACUCUUGUCGUAAUAUUGUAAACAAAUACAUACAAGGCCGUCAUGGCACUUCUUCUGAUGACUGUUAAACCUACCUGACUUGGCUUCGAUGAGACUUGACACAUGCCAUUACUGCCAAGUGCACAAGAGUUCUAUUAGGUUAGAUAGUCUAUCAAUGGAUUCCAAAUGAAUUUAA